GCAUGAAACUCUAUUCAUUGGAUGGGUACGUGGUCAUACACCGACUUACAACUGCCCAUCGCUCUUUACCUAGUAAGGUUCCACGGACGUUUCUUUCAAGCCCAAGCCCGCUAAAUCAGACUGCCCUAUCUUUGUGAAUUACGUUUGUUUCCCCUCUUAACAAACGCAUAGGUCCUAGGUGUCAUACCGCAUAUUUAAAUCUAGCCUCCUCCUCGUGAAGCUAUUUUCCCUUUCUCUCUUCUUCAAUCCUUUUCAACCUGAGCUUGACUUCAAAGCAACAGUCUGCUACCCUGCUCUCAAACUCACAAACCUCUACACUUCUUCUAUACCACAAGCGCCACACGAUCUCUGUUCUCUUCGUCAAGAUGAGCGACCGCGGGUAUUCGUACAAGAGCCACGGCACUAACAGCCAGGGCAACCAUUACUGUGCCCGUGAUUACGGCAGCAGUGCCUCCAAUUCGAACUCUUAUCACUAUUCCAACACCAACGGCUCGUACUACUACUCCAACCCCAACGGUAGUACCUACUACAAUGAUGGCCAGGGUAGCUCGACCUACACCCCAUCCUCGGGUGCGCAGUCCUCCUCGGGCUCCAGUGGCAGCAGCGGUGGUAGCAGCGGCAGUAGUGGCAAGCAGUAGGAGUCUUCAUCCACGCCAAUGACACAGAUACGCUCUGUAAGCUACUCGCAACAGUCCGUGUCCACGCCCGAUGGAACGGUGAUAAACUCAGUACAAUAUCGCGAGCAGACUGCCUCUAUUCCCUCAACUACCCAGUCUCAGGCGCAGUGUCUGUCUAUGCCCGGGAUCGAAUACGCCUCCAAGCCUGAUUCACAGGAACUCAAUUCUAGCGCGACGUGGCUAUGCAAGAAGGAGCCUCACAAGGAAUUAUGAUUUUUUUUCUUUUUCACGAAGUUAACUGAUAUGGAUUUGAUUCUUUUACGAAGUUGGGGAUGAGUUACUUUCAUUAGGAAGGAAUUAUGAGGGAAAUGCCUUUAUGGAUGGAUGCUUAGGCACGUUAUGUUAUGAAUGUUCUAUUAGUCGGCACAUAGGUAGUCUUAAUGAUACCAGAUAUAACGCCG